CGUUGUCUGAAGUCAGAUCACAUAAAGCGAACGGAUAUCAGUAAUCUAAACUGUUUUGUGUUUUAUCCACCGGUUGGAUCGGCUCUACUGACGGAUACUCUCCCAGAUCCGUUCUAUAGCAGCACACGUAACCAUAUCUCUGAUAAUCUUAUCAAUGCAAUUAUCAGUAAUCAAUUAACUGUAAUACCACAAUUACAGCCACACAUAUUCCCAUACAAUCAUCAACCGAUACAAUUGUUUUAUAAAAUUGAUAACAUCGGUAACUAUAGCCAUAGUUAUUAUUACUGUAAUCAAGUGGACCCUCUAAACGCUCAACCGUCAGUCUUCAAUCAGCAGCAUUCAGCAGCAGACUUCUUAUUGUCGGCACCAGCAAGUCAGCUUGUGUUCCUGGCAUCAGCGCCCACCGUCCAGUUAUCAGUGCCCUUAUCAGUACCACCGUUAUCACUACCCUUAUCACUCACUCAACUAACUCAACAUAAGCCGGCCAACAUUCUAAAAAACUCCCCAAAAACUCAAUCAGCAAUUCCCGCCGUCAAAAACAUCACUAACAAUAACAACAACAGUAACUGUAGUAAUCCGAAGAGCGGCGUAUCAAACAAGACCUCUGUACUGGGCACUAAACGCAAAGCAUCUUCACUGUCUAGCGCAGUUGAAACUAUUGUUGGUUUUCCGCCUGCUGCUGCCGUAUCGUCUGCAGAGAACGCUGAGGCUACAACUCGAACCCCGCUAAGCUCAGCAGUCCCAGUCUCGACGUCAGUCCCGACAAAUCCACCGACUCAAUCGGCCAUCUCGUCCUCUAACAGCCAAACCACCACCAGCACUAGCACUAGCUGCUCUGUCGCGUUGACCUCAUCGUCUCAAACGCUGCUCGCAAAGCCAGCCAAUCAAAGCCAGCCUUCCAUUGCCGAACAGCACCGAACAACUCAAACUAUUGCUGCUGCAACAGUUGCCGCAACAAAAGAUCACCCAGACGAAUCAAGUGACCGAAUAAGUGGAGCACCUCCCGAUAAAAAACACUGUCUAUCGGCCCCAUCACCGAAAUUGACUUCUGCUGCUGCUGCUGCACUAUCAUCAUCACAAAACCAAACUGAUCGUGCUACUCUAAUUGGAGACAGUCAAUCAAUCAAAUCAAGUAACAGUAACAAUAAUAAUAGUAAUAACAGUCAACAAAGUUCUGUUCCAACUGCUACCACUAGUAGUGCUGCUGCUGCUACUGCAACUAAGACUAUUGAAACAAGUGGCCAACAGCAAAAAGUCCAAUCAGGAACAAAUCCGCUCAAGUGCAUAUCUGGAGUUGCUGGUGGCACAAAUCUUGCGCAAUCUUCUGCUUCACGAAAAGGAUCCUUAUCCGGUGGAUUAAGUGGCGGAUCAACAGCUUUAAUAAAUCCGAUUCUAUCGGUGAACGCCAGUUGUCCAUCGUCCAGCACUAGCGCCACUUCGCAGCAGCAGUGUUCUCUGGCCACUGUAGCGGCUGCUUCGUGUCUGUUAGGUGGAGGAGGAGGCGCGGCCGCCAAUACGUGUAUGGCAGUAUCGCCAAUUCGACCACCACUACUCAUCGCAUCCACACCACAUCAAACGGCAACAGUGAACAACAACAGUGCUGCUGCUGCUGCUACUGCUGCUGCAGCUCUAAAUUCUACCGUAACCAACUAUCAUCAAGCGCUACAUUCGUUGCAGAACCCAACAGCCGCAGCCGCCGCAGCUGCCAACCUCGCAGUAGCUGCAUCCUAUCAGGCCGCCGCUGUCGCAGCCGCUGCUGCAACCGCUAACGCAGCCGCGUCGCUUCGUUGUCCGGCGCCACCACCGCCCACGCAUCAGCUCGCAUUUACUGUUCCAGCCUCAGCCUCGGCUUCAGCCGCUGUUGCUGCGGCGGCGAAUUUCGGCGCCAAUCCGCUGACGUCGUGUCCCGUGCCGUCCACACCGCCCUACUAUCAGACGACUGCACCGAACCUCUCUUUCGCGCGCCCGCACCUAUCGCUAAACGCCGCAACCAAUCGGCAAGCGUUCGCUACAGUACCGCAACUUUCACCUGCAGCCGCAUUGGCCGCAGUCUCGAAGGCCGCGUCACUGAUUGGCUGUUCAGCUGACCCGCGAGCUACCAACUACGGUAGUUCAGCAUUGACGAUUGGACAAGCGUACAGUAACAGUAACAACAACACUAGUGCUGCUACGUUAACGGGUACUUUCAAUAACAACAACAAUAACAGUAAUAGUAAUAACAAUAGUAAUACUAGCAGUAAUACGGUAAUGGAACCACAUCAAGUACGUGGCAUUGUUGGACAGCAACACCAACAGACAUCCUCGUCGAUUCCAUCAGCUACACCAAACCAGGCGUGUGAUGAUCAUGCGAAACAGGUGUGUACGCUAAGCUUUGAAUUGAUUGAUUGA